AAUGCCAACAGACGACAACCCCAGCAGCACAGUGUUCUCUGAAGUUGUUACCUUUAGUGAUGAAGAAAGUGAUCCGUCAGAUGAAGGAGAGGAAGGUGAUGACGGUGGGGUGAGUUCCGAUGGGGAUUGGAAUCCAACCGAGGAUGUUUUGCUGGCGGAAGAGCUCACAAAGCAUUCUGAAGAGGAAAGUGAAGAUGAAGAUGAAGACCAAAGUGGAGAGGAAGAAGAGUUUGAUUCCCCAGGUGGCCUCAAAAUUAAUGAGCUCUGCACAGAAUGUGGAAGUUUCUUCAAUAUUCUGAAGCCUCACACUUGUGAGUACAAAAUAAAGCCCUUUUCCUGCAAUAUCUGCGGCAAAAGAUGUGUUACCGAGACGUCUCUGAAAAAUCAUAGCAAAAUCCAUGAUGAAACCUAUGAGCAUCCUUGCAAAUACUGCCACGUUACCUUCAAAACGAGGGUGGACAAACUUAAACAUGAGCAGAUCCAUCAAGAUUGCAAAGAACCCUAUAAAUGUCCAGACUGUCCAAAGACAUUUGCCAGCAGUAAAGUACGCAGAGCCCACCUGGCGAAUCACAGAAGGGCCCCGAAGGAGUACAAAUGUGGAGUUUGUGGGAUUGAAUUUAAGGAUGUUCAUCAUCUGCGGAGACAUUCUGUCGUGCACACGGGAUUGAAACCCUACAAGUGCGCAGUGUGCCACCGUGGCUUCAAUCAGUCGAGCCACCUGAAAUCUCACAUGCGUCUGCACACAGGGGAGAGGCCUUUUAAGUGUAAGCAUUGUGAGAAAAGCUUCAAUCACAACGUGAGCUUGAAGAGUCAUGUCCAGCGUUACCACUCAUCGACUUCUGGACAUGAACAGAAGAAGGUUAAGAUGGAAGAAGGGACCAGCGACACUGGCGAUGCAGAGGACAGUGGGAUUAAGAAAGGCACAGACUCUGAGUUUGACAAUGCAGAAGAAGAUGCAGGAGGGGAGGUGCAGAAGGAGGUAACAGAAGAGCGCAAAAGUAAAAAGAGGACCACAGGCAGACCCAGAGGAAGGCCGAAGAGGGACGCAGCAGGCAACUUGAUUCCGGCAGGGGAAACAGAAGGCUCACGUUCAAACACUAAGACUGCAAAAUCAAAGGUGCGUAAGUUAAAGAAAACAGGUUCCAGCGAUGAGGAAAGUGAAGACGAACAAUCAGACAGUGACAUAUCCUAUGACUCACCAGAAGAGGAGGAGGAGGAAGAAGAAGAGGAGGAGGAGACAGUGAAGAAGAGCACAGGGAAAUCAAGAGGAAGACCAAAAAAUGACAGUGACUCUGAUUUUGACCCAGAAGAAGUAACAAAGAAAAAGAGGUACAGCAGCCAGAGCAGCGGUAAGACCUCAGGGAAACGUAGGGGAAGGCCAAAGAAAAAUCCAGAGGUCUGAAAAUGCUUAAAACACACAGCUGAAUAAUUUGUUUUGAGAAAAAGAAAGAAGCUGCAGAAAACUGGACUGAUACAUCUCAAAAAUGUGGUAAAACAAUUUGGAAUAUGAGGAAAAAAAACAUUCACACAGGCCAACGUCUUUCUGAGGCCCUGCCUACACAUAUACAGAUAUUUUUAAAAGCUGAUAUUUUCCCCCCUCUGUUUUAAAAAAAGAAUCUGUCCACACGAUUUUUAUUGUACAAAAUAUCUUCAUACACACUAGAAAACAAAAGCAAUUCCAGAUGCUCAUUAGUGUUGGCCUUCUCCCAGUCGUUGCAAAUGCAGUAAUAUUAACAGGCUAACGUUACAUUUUUCAAAACUUAGACUGGAGAUCUCAUCACCAUUUAGUCCCUUUUACCAUAAGGAUAAAGGAGCUCACUCAAAAAUACGAGUAAUGCUCUUGACAAUUGAAAGUUUUCUUUCUACUACUCAUCAACAACAAUCCCACUCUCAAAACUGUCCCACUGUCUGCUGGUUUGACCGUUCCUAAUGAUCCAAAACCACCGUUUCUUGCAACUUUAUACUGCAGAUGUUGAGGUUGACCAAGUAACAUUGAACACCGCAGAUACCUCUGUUCAUCUGUAAAGUGGUGAAGCAGUACUUAUGCAAGUGUAAAGUAGUCAUUGGACCAAGCAGUGCUAACAGAACAUAAACUAACAUGUUCAUUACACAAAGCAGCAGUGGGUAUGCACAGUUUGAAUAGUGGACGACCCACUCUUCUUCUGAGCCUCAGUCGCCCCCACAGUCGUUUUAGUGGCCAAAAUGUAGAGGAAAAUAUACAUUUACAAAAAUAUCUGUGUAUUUGUUGACAGGGCCUGAAUUAAAUCAUCUUCUACUGUGCAGUAUUGGAGGGUCAGUCAGUGAAUCGUUUGGAAAAAAAUCAGAUAUUUCUAUUGAGUUCGAGUGCAUUAUAAAAAAAAGGACUGUCAGAAAAUGGUAUAACCGUUGGGAAAUAUGUACUAUAUUCAUGUAUUAUAAGAAUAAUGUAAGUUUCAAGCUAAAAAAACAACAACAUUUAUACCAAGGUCAGGGCACUGUGGCACAGCCACUGUUUCUUUUGUCUUUACUUAUUCACUAUAAAGCUACAUCAUUGUGUAACUUGAGUGAUUUAUUAGUCUGUAGAAGAAUCAAAAAGUGUUCAGAUAGCAUUUCAUUAUUACAUCUUUUAUUUAAAUAAAUUAGUAUUCCACAAUUUUACCUGUCGGGUAAUAGAUCUCGAUCAAUGAUAAAGUCCUUUCACACAAUGCCUUUGAAUUUAUAGAAAAAUAUAACAGUUGGAUAAUUUUACCUGAUUGUAAGUUUUGGAGUGUUGAAAUGUUGGUUUACCUCUUGAGCCUAAGCUUCAGUGCUAAUCAGUGUGGGCUCAGAGAGCAAGGACAGUGCCAAUGGUUUUGUAUUGUUUAGCACAUCAGCUACAAAUUGUUAACAUUGCUGCUGAGCAUUUUGGAUUGUUUUGCUACUUUCCAGGUUGAAAUGGGGCUUAGUUUUCCUAAAAAAAAUGGUUGCUGAAGGUUGAAACUAGUUUGAGAUACAGAAUCUGAUUCAUGUGAGUGAAGAGAAGUUAGUUAUGGUUUAUCACUAUGGACUGUUUUGAAACUCAUCAUAGGACAUGUUUAAGGACCUCAGAGUCUGCUUGCACCUGUAUUGGAACACAAGUAUAUAAGGAAGUAAAAAAGCGGUUAAUAAAGAAACACAUAAAUAUUGUCCUGGAGACAGUUCACUGUUUUCAAUCAAUCAAUCAAUUUUAUUUAUAAAGCCCAAUAUCACAAAUAACAAUUAGCCUCACAUGGCUUUAUAGCAUACGACAUCCCUCUGUCCUUUGGACCCUCACAGCGGUGUUUUAAAUUCUCUAUUCCAAGUAUGUUUCAAGUCUCUGCAAGUGCAUUGUCAUACCGCACAGGAACUAACAAGUACAUGAUGUUAAACAUAUGCAAUUUGUAGACAACAGUGUGGGCCUUUAUGUGAUUGCAGAUUUUUACAUUGGAAAAAAAUUACAAAUAAAUGUGUCCAACUGCCA